AUGAUAGGAGAAGCUGUUCGUCUGUUCAAGAAGGGCGAUGACCUGGAAAUGCACAAACUGCGGUGCGUCGCCACUGUUUUCUUCUUUUUAUGGGUCGUAGACACGCUAAUCGGUACGUUUAGUGGCUGCAGGAUUCUUCAGGUCAACGCCUUCAUCACAUUUAACACAUGUGCCGCUGUUGCUUCAGGGGUGGUGUCACUGAACUACUGCCGCAUUGUGCAGGCGCCUUCCUUUCGAGUCAAGGAGCAGAUUACGGCGCAGCCGAAUCCUCAGCCGCAUAGUUUACUACUUGGCGGCCAAGAGCACCGUAACCAGCAAAACGGGGCGAUUUCUCUCGAAGGUAUUCAGGGGUACUACUUCGGUGCAAAGCGUCUUCACACGCUCAUUUCGUUCGGUGCGUCUAUAUUUGUUUUGUUUGGAUCACUCACCGUAAUGCUAGAAUCAGUUCACGACAUAGCACACACGCGACAGCCCUCACCUAAAUUGCUUCUCCUCACAGGAGUGGUACAUGCCCUGCUUAUUACUGUGUUUGGGGGAGAAAUUGACGCGCAUGACCGCAUCAGUGGAACGCUGUCUUCGCAACGAGAGCCUCGUGGUCUCCCCAGUAUCCACGUUACGAUACGGCAGGUUCUGCGCAGGCCUCUGCUGCUCUUUUCCAGGGCCUUUUCCCAACAGUAUCGCAUUAUUCGCAUUGUGUUGCGCUCUUUUUCUGCUUUCACGUGCAUCUUAGUCUCGCUUUUAGUGAGACUUGGCGGGUCUUCAAUGUGGGAAACUAUUGGAGUGAUGUUGUUGGCAUUCUACGUUUUGGCUGUCACCUUGAAUCAAUCCACAUCAAUGGCGUGGCUUCUGCUUAACAACGCAACGUGCCAACCCAACGUGGCGGCAAAGUGUGAGCGUGCCAUUCGUAGUGUGCAGUUGGUUCCGGGUGUAAUGCAGAUAAAGUCGUCCUGCUUUUGGGAGGUGAGUGAAGGGGAGCUUAUGGCCCUUGUGCAAUUGAUUUUGCUAACAUCGGCAGACCCCUUGGCGGUGACUCAAGAAGCACAUAAAAUACUUGCAAGUGUUGCGGCUUACGUUUUUGUGGAGGUCAGAAAGCCUGAUGAAGAAGACAACUUUGACCCCGGAGAAAGUUCUAGCUAUCAGUGUCAUAACCACUCUCAUGGGCACGACCACGGUCACUCUCAUGGACACAAUCAUGACUAUGGUCAUCAUCACCACCAUGGAGGUGGCGAGCGCCAUGCGUUUUCUUCCGAGGGGUGCAAACCUGUAGUCACGCCGGAAGAGCCGGAAUCAACACCAAGCGCUAAUGUAGCAUUGUCUUCUAGUUUGUAUACCGUGCCUCCGGCCACUAACAACAUAGCUGGGCAUUCCGGUGUGCACGCUAACGUCAGUACGUUACUUGGAGGUACGAGGGGUUCCGUCACCGCAGUUUAG